AUGGUAAUCGGAAAAGCAAUCGUUGCCAGGGAUCCUGUCCAUCCUCUGACUCCGAAUUGGUCAUUGGAAGAUGUGGAUGUCCAUUCACCAGGUGAAGGCGAGAUCCUCGUCGAAAUGCGUGCUGUGGGAAUAUGUCACACCGAUCUUGUUUUGACUUCAGUACCUAAUGGCGCACUUGGUAUCGAAUAUCCAAAGGUGGCAGGACAUGAAGGUGCCGGGAUUGUACGCGGUGUCGGCAAAAACGUUCAAAGCGUCGAAAUCGGCGACCCAGUUCUUCUAUCUUUCUAUUCUUGUUCAUCGUGUCAACAAUGCGAGAACUCUUAUCCUGCAUACUGCAAGGACUUUGCGCAGGAAAAUUAUGGCGGCCAGAAGCGGAUGUCAGUACGUGACAGUGGUGAAGAACUGUGGGCGAGGUUUUUUGGACAGUCCAGUUUCGCUCAGUACAGCGUCGUUAGCGAAGCAAGCGUUAUUAAUGCCAAGGGUCUUUUGGAGCAUGAUGACGAGCUUCAACUUUUCUCCCCACUAGGUUGUGGAUUCCAGACGGGAAUGGGUGUCAUCCAAAACACAACCAACGCAGGACCGGGUGAUACAGUAUUGAUCCUAGGCUUGGGUGCUGUUGGAAUGGCCGCUCUUAUGACUGCGAAAAUACGCAAUUGCAAGACCAUCAUUGCUGUGGACCGUGUCAAGGAACGUCUUGAACUGGCCGAAACCCUUGGAGCGACACAUACUUUGGAUACCAGCGGUCCAGAUUUCACCACACUCGAUGGCGCGGUCAAGAAAUUGUUACCCGGCGGAGUCUCCAUUGUGAUCGAAACAACAGGGGUACCUACUCUAAUCGAGCAGGGGCUCCAAUCUACACAUGCACGAGGCAGGAUAGUGCUCAUUGGAGUACCACCGCUAGGGUAUCGCAUGAGCUUUGAUGUGACAGAGCAAAUCAAUAUGGGCCGAUCGAUCAUGGGAUGUAUAGAAGGAGAUUCUGUCCCCAAAAUUGCUAUCCCACAAAUGAUCAAGUGGUACCGGGAAGGUCGCUUUCCUGUCGAUAAAAUGAUCAAGUUUUUCAAUGCUACAGAUUACCAACAGGGGUUGGAUGGCAUGAGAGAUGGAAGUGUGAUCAAACCAGUUUUGUUAUGGAAGGGACAGUAG